AUGGAUUUGAUAACUACGAUUACAUACUCUUGCAGAGUGAAAUCGGGAUUUGACAGCGAGAACCUGAUGUGGCUGGAACAGUUAUUUAGACAAACUGUCGGGGAUGAAAUGGAAAUCAAACGAGACGAUUUCAACAAAAUUUUAAUCACUAAAAACCCAUUCUUCACUGAACGUGUAUUUCAAAUAUUUGACAAAGAUAACUCUGGGUCAAUAUCAUUACACGAGUUCCUUGAUGCAAUGCACCAAUUUGCAGGACAAACGCCAGACGACAAAAUUCGAUUUCUUUUUAAAGUUUACGACUUGGAUGGCGAUGGUCUUAUACAGCACAGGGAAUUGCAGCACGUGAUGCGUGCGUGUAUGGAGGAAAACGGAAUGCAGUUUUCGGAAGAUCAAGUGGAAGACCUGACGAUGGCGUUGUUCGAAGACGCCGACAGCGAGUCGAGGGGUGCCAUUACGUACGAAGCUCUCAAGAAUCAAUUACAAAAACACAACGGGUUAUUGGAAAAUCUGUCGAUAAGCAUAGACCGCUGGUUAGUGCCGCCAAAGCCGAAACAGCCACCAGCCUCCGUCUGGGGAAAAAUCACUGCUCUGCGUCCUUACCAGCUGACUUUGCCGUACAUGCGCAACAACUACGUCUAUCUGAUAUUUCUGGCGGUCUACGUACUCGUCAACACGUUGCUGUUCGGCACCAGAAUCUAUCAAUAUCGCAAUUCCAACAUCUACACGAUUCUCGCUCGAGCCUGUGGCCAGUGUUUGAACUUCAAUUGUACUUUUGUGUUGGUUCUCAUGUUAAGGCAUUGUAUUACGUUCCUCAGAACUCGUGGAUUCUCAUUGUUUUUGCCUUUGGACCAACAUAUAUAUUUUCAUAAGAUCACGGGGUUUUUCAUAUUUGGUUAUAGUAUCCUUCAUACAUUUAUGCAUCUACUAAAUUUCAGUACCGUCAUAAUAUAUGAUCCAAACUUGAACUACGAAGGAUUCACAGUGUCCGAAUGGCUAUUUACCACCGACCCGGGACUCUUCGGACUCAUAUCUGGAUUUGCCAAUCCCACAGGUGUAUUGCUAAUCGUUAUUCUGUUCGUGAUGUUCAUUUGUUCGCAGCCAUUCGUUCGCCGAGGAGGAUGCUUCGAGAUAUUUUAUUGGACUCACUUACUGUACGUGCCUUUUUACUUACUCUUGAUUCUUCACUGUCCAAACUUUUGGAAAUGGUUGAUCAUUCCCGGAUUAUUAUACUUGUGUGAACGUUUUUACCGUUUCUCAUUGAUGCGUUCCGAACACGGAAAAACGUACAUCAGUUCUGGUCUACUUUUACCGUCUAAAGUCACGCAUUUGGUAAUUAAAAGACCACCACAUUUUGAUUUCCACCCCGGUGACUACGUUUUCGUGAAUAUACCGGCAAUAGCCAAGUAUGAAUGGCAUCCAUUUACUAUAAGUAGUGCUCCUGAACAAGAAGACUAUAUGUGGUUACAUAUCCGUGGAGUUGGAGAAUGGACAAAUCGACUGUAUUCAUAUUUCGAAGAAGAACAGCAUAAGUUACAUUUACUUAACGAAGAACUGCCUGGUUCCGUUAAUAGCAAAACUUCAUCUGUAGAUACUAUAGAAUCUUCAAAAAUCAAAAAACUACAAACGUCUCUUCAGAGAACAUUUUCCGGAAGAACUGUGGAGGAUUCUGUCAAAGGAAAAUAUAAAAAAGGUGGAGAUUUUAGUUAUACAAAUCAGAGUUUUAGCAGUUUGCCAGAAGACUUUCAAAUUAGAGGUUCGGAAAACGAUGGCACUUCUGGUAAUUCAAAAACUCCAAUGGAAGUGAGAAAAUCAGUGAAAAAGGUACAAAACACCAAUCUCCACAAACUUGUUUUGAUCAACAAGGCCCCAUUGUCAAAAUCGUUGUCCAUGCCUGAUAUGGAAAAUCGUAUUAAAAAGAGAGAACGUCUAUUAGCUUUACGAACUUACAUGCGAUCUGAAUCCGAGAAGAGUUUCGACGAAUGUCAAAUGAAGAGAGCAAGACUUCAAUCUCUGGGUUUGGCAUAUUUAAGCCCCCAAAACAAGUCAUUGGCUCAAAGUUUCCGUUACAUGAGACACAAGCCGACCAUCAUAGCGUUCAAGACACCGAGCUUAGAAAAUUGCGAAACCAAAGUCUCGUCGUAUAGUAUCACAAUAGAAACGUCGUCCAACAUGGGCAGCAUGGAGUUUGUGACCAAUGAAAACAAGUCGAAGGAAAGGUCUAAAGAAGACAACAGUAGUCAGUCGCCCAUAAAUUAUCCUGUCGGCAAACCACUAGAGAUCUAUCUGGUCGGCCCGUACGGUGCACCGUCCAGUCACAUAUUCCGAGCCCAGCACGCCGUGAUGAUAGCCACGGGCAUCGGUGUCACACCGUUCGCUUCCAUAUUACAAUCAAUCAUGCACCGAUACUGGAAAGCCCGGCACACGUGUCCGAAGUGUAAAUACACGUGGGCGAGUGAAAUACCACCCACGGUGAUGCAUCUCAGGAAGGUCGAUUUCUUUUGGAUUAAUCGCGAUCAACGAUCGUUUGAGUGGUUUGUGAAUUUACUGUCACAACUGGAAAUUGAACAAGCUGAGCUAGGCGGGGCCAUGGAGAGGUUCCUAGAGAUGCACAUGUAUAUAACGUCGGCCUUGCAAAAAACCGAUAUGAAAGCCGUCGGACUCCAAUUAGCUUUGGAUUUGUUGCACGAAAAGGAAAAACGAGAUUUUAUCACGGGUUUGAAGACCAGAACAAACGCAGGCCGGCCAAACUGGGAUAAAGUGUUCAAGCAGUUAUUAGACCAAAAGAAAGGAAAAAUCACAGUGUUUUAUUGCGGCCCGCCACAACUCGGUAGACUUUUGAGAGUUAAAUGCGAUCAAUUUGGAUUUGAUUUUCGAAAGGAAGUUUUUUAG